GCAGGCAGUGACGUCACCCAUUGAAGAUAGACAAGUCCGGACUCAGUCCAGUCAUCUGGACGCGAAAGAUGCGCCGUAUCCGAGAAGACAGACAGGUGUUCCGCACAGAGUGAGGACCUGAGGACGACGACUGAAGACCCACAGACACUCAGCGCGCGCGGGCUGUCUUUCUGCAGCCGAUCGCAGUGGAAGAAUCCACAGACUUGUCCGUGGACUCGACGGGGUCGGAAGCUGAUGUGCAGAGGACAAAAUUUUGGACAUGACUUCGGAGGAUGAUCUGACAGCGGCGGCGGCGACAGGACAGAGGGAGGAAGUGGAGCGUCUCCUGCGCGCGGGGGCCCGCGUGAAUGGACCGAACCGCUUCGGACGAACCGCCAUACAGGUGGUGAUGAUGGGCAGCACGUCGGUGGUUCGGUUCCUGCUGGAGUCCGGUGCGGACCCGAACGUGGCGGACAGAAGCACGGGGACGACCCCGCUGCACGACGCGGCCAGAACUGGCUUCGUGGACACGGUGCGGCUCCUGGUGCAGUUCGGGGCCGAUCCACAGGCCACAGACAACCACCACCACCGGCCCGUGGAUUUGGCCAGAGAGCACGGCCGCGUGGAGGUCGUGGACUUUCUGCAGUCUCUGUGAAAUUCUAUUUAUUUUCUGCUGUGACUGUAACAAUAACUGCUUGCGUUAUUUAUUUAUUUGCAUGGUUUGGGGAUUUUUUUUUAAACUUAAAAAUCGGUAAAGUGAUAACUUGGUUGCUCUUUAUGAUAAUUUCGCUUUUCUUUUGUUUGCCAACAAAUUAGGAACCCAGUUUGUUUUUGAUAUUUGCAGUUUUAUUAUUAUUAUCAUUCCUGUUGAAAUACAAAAUAGUAAAAAAAAAAAAAAUCUAUGAGAACAUAAAGUAGUCAAAUGACUUUAAAAUACAAGCACUUUAAAACUAUAAGAAUUCUGUACUUUUGGGAAAAAAAUAAUGGGUAUUCUUCCACAUACUCUGAAUUUUUUUUUUCUGGAAUAAAUAUUUUGUGUUUGUCAGGGUUACAUUUUACAAUAUUUUUAAAAGUAAGAAUCAGCUGUAUGUACAUUUGAAAGCUAAAUAAUAUGGCUGUUUUCCCCACAUGCUGUCUAAAUAAUGAUUCUUUGGAAUAAACUGCAUAAUCGUCACUUUAAUCUGUCUUUGAAUUGAGCUCAGCUUUCAUCUUUGUCAGUCACAUUUUACUGUUUAGUCAGGGAAGCGUUUAAUUCUGUAAUUACUUAAAAUAACUCAUUUUAUGCCCUGAGAAAACUCAGAACCCGAUAGACCACAAUAUGUUUUUAAACACUACAUACAUUAAUAUACACACACACAAUACUACAAAUUGUGCUAUGGUGACAAAGUGGUAUUUUCAAUGAUGCAAAACUUUGUUUUGCAUUAAGGAUUAUUUAAGCAGAGAAGUAAGAAACCAUGCUUUGUCGGGGUAAUUUUACUAUUAAAUUAGGGAACAGUGUUUAAUUUGGUAAAUGCUUCAAACAAGUUUCUCAGGUUUUUGUACAAGAGGAGGCCAG